UCAUGAAAGAAAUGUUGACGAAUCAAGCUACCUCUGGAUACAGUAACUCUUUUGUUAAUAAUAAUGGGGACACCAAUAGCAACAAUACAACCGACAAUAACUCGAGGAGAUAUGCAGUGCUCAGUACCGAUUGGAUAUCUGCGAUUGGAGAAGAGCUGGGAAUGCAUCCUCUGCCCGAUUCUUUAUUGCGAAGAUUGGCAGAAGAUGCCUCGUACCGUCUCAGAGAAGUUCUACAUAAAUGCGUGACGAGACUGAAACAUAGCAAGAGGAAACGUUUAACGUCUAUGGACGUGAAUGCUGUGAUCACCAAUCUGUGCGACGUGGAUCCAAUAUUGGGGGCGCCAGAGUUUUUGCCAGAAUAUCACCCGGAGGCGAGAGUAUUCGUUCCCAACGAAUGUAUCAUUAAUUUAGUACAAGCAAUAAACGAUCCGCUCAGUAUAUCGCAAAACAACGUACCUUUUAUUCAAGAAUCGGAAAUAUGCGACGCGAGGCUGGCGGAGGCACGCAACAAUUACGCGAAACGCGCGUUGAAGACUCUGUUCAACGGAUCUCAAAAGACUUUCCAAGUCUUGAUCAACGAUUGCGCGACAAACGCACAUUUGGGCGGCGAGGGUGUUAUAGACAAAUUGAUGUCUAUAGCCAGGUCCAUGGUGAUCUCGAACAACGCGCAAUACACCCGUGUGUCCACGCGAACCUGCCAGCUUAUCAUUGCAAUAGCAAGUAACAGUGAAGCAGUUUAUCCGUAUCACCUAACUUCGGUUGACAAAUUAACCGAGUUACUGUUGGAGCUGCUUCUUGGGCAGAGUUUUAUCAAUCAAAAUCUGGAAGCACUGUUCAAAGAAUGCGCUCUGAAAUUGAUGCUUCGCUGGCCGUCCGUCGCUGAUAAGUAUAUCCCGACGCUGGAAAAUGUUCUAUCGAAGGAAGAGAAAGAAAACAUCGUUGGAAGCAAGAAAAAGACCACGGCCAUGGAACUGCUGGCGAGCGUUCAGCCGUUAAUAUUUUUUCAACACGAAGCAGAAUCCGCGCUUUCCGUGGAGAAUGUUCUAAUACACGCGCCACCGGGCUCUGCUCUUUGGCAAAGGAUAGCUCUUGCUAUCUGUGCCCUCAUGAAGUCACAGUCUCACACCUUGAAUAUCGCGGUUCUUAUGGAACAUUACGGAGACUCUUUGUUGCCGUAUCUGCCCGCCCAUUACAAGAGCGCAGUGAACGCAUUUAGAAAGCCUACUUCUCUUCCUAUCAUCAUCAAAAGUAAAGUGAAGUACGUUAACGUCAGACCAAUAGCAGCUAGUCGAAUGUUAUGGGAUCGCCAGUCAGCGUUUCCAGACUCUACUUUGAGAGGUCCCAGACGAGAGAUUAGGUUUGCAUUCGCUGGUGGACGACCCGUACCUCCGAGCAAUUUAAGACGAGUCAGUUUGAGGGCCAAUUAUCAAAUUUUAAGAAGCGACCUUCAGGCAACUCUUGCGCUUGUCGCGUCGCGGAGACUGCUGGUACUAAAAGAUAGAAGGAAAAGGCCAUGUGAUAUGUACGAUCUGGUAUACGGUUGUUUGUAAAUUUCAUGCUCGGUGAA